AUGGCAUUCCGCGGUCCUUUCACGAUACCCCGACAGUUGUUAACUGGGGCCACCUCUUUCGGAGCUCGGCCAACAAUUAGCAGUCGAUUGAGAUGCAUGACCGAUCGACAAGGUCUCGCCACAGCGGUACCACCAGUCACACAAGAUGCGACAGGGUCCAAGGGUCCUACUGCUAUGGUCUUUAUGAAUAUGGGUGGACCUUCCACGACAAACGAGGUGGAGGACUUCUUGAGCAGACUAUUUGCUGACGGUGACUUGAUUCCCCUGGGACGCCUCCAACCUUACAUCGGACCCCUCAUUGCGCGCCGGAGAACCUCAAAGAUUCAGAAGCAGUACUCGGAUAUUGGCGGCGGGUCGCCCAUUCGGAAAUGGUCCGAACACCAGUGUGAGGAAAUGUGCAAGCUUCUGGAUAAGAUGUCUCCUGAAACCGCGCCGCAUAAGCCUUACGUUGCCUUCCGCUAUGCUGCCCCGUUGACCGAGACCAUGUACCAACAACUCCUCGCCGAUGGCUUUGGCAAUGGCAAAGGAGGACGUGCCAUUGCGUUUACACAAUAUCCUCAGUACUCUUGUUCAACAACUGGCAGCUCACUCAACGAGUUGUGGAAGUGGCGUAACCGUCUCGAGGGCAAGCGCGCUAAUGGAGGGUCGGAGAAGGAAGGCACAAUCCAGUGGAGCGUCAUUGACCGGUGGCCAACUCACUCCGGUCUGGUCGAGGCUUUUGCGCAGAAUAUCGAAGCUCAACUCAAGACCUACCCGGAGGAGAAGCGAGACCAAGUCGUAUUGCUAUUCUCCGCGCAUAGCUUGCCCAUGAGUGUCGUCAACCGAGGUGAUCCCUACCCCUCCGAAGUGGCUGCGACCGUCCACGCUGUAAUGCAGCGACUCAAGUUCCAAAACCCCUACCGCCUGUGCUGGCAAUCUCAGGUGGGACCUAGUGCAUGGCUCGGAGCCCAGACCAGCGAUACUGUCCAGGAGUAUGUGAAACGAGGACAGACGGAUUUGAUCCUGGUUCCCAUCGCGUUCACAAGCGACCACAUUGAGACCCUAUACGAGCUUGAUCAGGAGGUCAUCCAUGAAGCCAACAACCCAGGUGUCAAGCGUGCCGAGAGCUUGAACGGAAACCCUGUCUUCAUUAAGGCACUUGCCGAUAUUGCCCACGAGCACCUACAGAAGGGAGAAUUGUGUUCUCGCCAAAUGACAUUACGUUGCCAGGGUUGCACAAGCGAGCGAUGCUUGGGCCAGAAGAAGUUCUUCGCUGGCCCGGAAAAUGCUUCGAUGGUGAUUUAA